AGUCUACUGUGCAUCUUCGAAAGUGGCGGUUUGCGCAAGUGAAUGGCUUCAUUGUGAAUUCGCUCUGCGCAACCACUACUCAGCCUCUUGAAAAGCGAUUGAGAUACGACUUGUGGACUCCGCGACUAUCUAGGAACAGCACACACAAUCACGUUUAGCCAUCUCCCGGAGCUCCAAAGUCAGCUGCGAGGCUCGCCGACUGCUGCCGAAACUCAUCGGAGGACGCCGCCCGCGCUGCAGUAUCGAGAGUGAAAGCACCCAUGGAUAUCAAUUAGGUCCAUUCACUUUCAGCACACGUCAACGUCGCCAACAUGGCAUCUCUGGCUGGCAGAGGUAAAACCAAGAUUCGUGCACCACGCAGAGGUCUGAAUGGCGGCGACGUUGAUUUUGACCAACACUGGUCAGUCCUCGAAAAAGCUUUCGUAGAAGUGUUCACCAAGAAUGCGUCGAUUUUGUCAUUUGAAGAGCUCUACAGAAACGCAUACAAAAUUGUGUUGAAGAAGCAGGGCGCAGAUUUGUAUAAUCGGACAGUGCAAUUCGUCGAAAAAUGGUUGUCAGAAACGAUACGAGCGCGUGUCGUGCAAAAGCUUGGGAACUUGGCGAGGUCAAACGACAACCUUUCGCGCAGUUUGGGAACGUCCUCGGAGCGGCGAGUGGCUGGUGAAGGUUUUCUGGCGGAGCUCAAGCUUGCAUAUUCUGAUCACAAGACAUGUAUGGCGAUGGUCACAGAUGUGCUGAUGUACAUGGAUCGAGUCUAUUGCGCUGAUCAACGUCAACCGUCAAUUUACAACAAGUCAAUGGGCUGCUUCCGGGAGCAGAUCCUGCGCAGCAGAAUCACCACAGAUGAUGACAUGGCAGACCUUCUCUCGAUUCUGAAUAGCGUCAUCCUCGAUCAAGUACAGAUGGACCGGGACGGCGUUGCAAUCGACAAACAUCUCAUCAAAUCCAAUGUCUACAUGCUGGAGGCGUUGUACAUGACCGAGCAAGAGUUGGAAGAGGAGAAGCUGUACCUUCGGUUCUUCGAAGAGCAAUUCUUGCAGACAAGUGCAGAAUUCUACCGUCAAGAAGCGGACCGUCUUCUGAAAGAGACCGAUGCCGGGACAUACUGCCGUCAUGCCAAGAGUCGGCUGGACGAGGAAAGCGAUCGAUGUCGGUCGACCUUGUCAGAAGGUACUGCUCCAAAGAUCCAGGCGGUGGUCGAGGCCGAACUCAUCCAGAACCGCAUCAAGGCUUUGAUCGACAUGGACAGUGGAGUGCGCUAUAUGAUCGACAACGACAAGCUUGCUGAUCUUGGUCUUGUCUUUGAUCUGCAGCGACGAGUCGACGCGAAGAAAGCCGAGCUCACAAGAGCCGUUCAAGGGAUCGUUCGGGAGAUGGGCGAGGACAUUGCAAAGGCUGUAAUUACGGCCGCGCAGGCACCACCAGCUGCUUUGACGGCUGCCCCGGAAGAAGGAGAGGGUGACAAAUCCAAAGCUGGUGCUACGAGACAAGUCAACCAGCAGACAGUCGCUGCAUUGAAGUGGGCAGAAGACACACUCACACUCAAAGACCGCUUCGACAAGAUCUGUAAGGAUGCAUUUCUGGACGACCAGGUCAUGUCGACGGCGCUCACCAAGAGCAUGGCGGAGAAUAUCAAUUCAUUUCCAAGAAGCUCCGAAUACAUUUCUUUAUUCAUCGAUGAGAACAUGAAGAAAGGUGUCAAGAACCGGACGGAAAAAGAAGUCGAUGUCACGCUGGACAAGGCCAUUGUGCUUUUGAGGUAUCUCCAAGAUAAGGACAUCUUCGAGACUUACUACAAAAAGCAUUUAUGUAAGAGAUUAUUACUGAGCAAGAGUCAGAGCCUGGAUGUCGAGAAGCAGAUGAUCAUGCGCAUGAAGAUCGAGCUCGGCAACAACUUCACAACCAAACUAGAAAUCAUGUUCAAAGAUAUGACUCUUAGUGAAGAGCUGACUAACAACUACCGCAAGCGUUUGGCGGAUGCCGAUCCUAAACGUAUAGACUUGAGUGUGAACGUCCUCACCAAGAUGUCAUGGCCGCUCGAGGCAUUCAAGGCCAAUGCGGAAGAUGAUCCCGAUGGAAAAGUCAGCAUCAUCUAUGCACCGGAGGUGGAGAGGGUCAAGAAUGGCUUUGAAAGCUUCUAUGCCAGCCAGUAUACCGGUCGCAAGUUGACCUGGCAAACGAACAUGGGAGAUGCUGACAUCAAGGCCACGUUUGCGGCCAAAUCCGGCACCAACGGCAAGCCACGGGUACACGAUAUCAACUGCUCUUCCUACGCCAUGCUGGUAUUGCUCUUGUUCAACGACACCACGCCUGGUGCAACUCUCACUCUGGAAGAGAUCCAGGCCAAGACGAACAUUCCCAUCAAUGCUCUGUGCCGUAAUCUUCAAAGUCUGGCCGUGGCGCCCAAAACACGUUUCCUCGUCAAAGAGCCAAUGAGUCGAGAUGUCAAACCCGGCGACCGCUUCUCCUUUAACGAAAACUUCACCAGCAAAUUCACUCGCAUCAAAGUCGGCGUGGUAUCCGCAGGCAACAAAGUGGAAAGCGAUAAGGAGCGUAAAGAGACGGAGAAGAAGAAUGACGACAAUCGUUCGUUUGCGAUCGAGGCGGCGGUCGUGCGGAUCAUGAAGUCUCGCAAGGAAUUAUCCCAUGCACAACUGCUUCAGCAGACGAUCGAGGUUCUCUCUCAUCAGUUCAAACCGGAUGUCAACAUGAUCAAGAAGCGAAUCGAGAGUCUCAUCGAGCGCGAGUAUCUCGAACGUAUCGAGGAGGCGGCUGUUCCAUCUUACCGCUAUCUGGCAUGAUGUGAAACGCGCCACGCGGUUCAGGGGGAAUUUCGGGUUCUGAUUUGUCACGGCAUAUCUUCGAGGAAAUACGGCGUUUUGGUUUUGGUCCUGUGAGGCCCGCACGGCUGGUGUGACAGGAGGAGACUUCUCGGUGGCGGCACGGUUUUCUUGUCGCUUCAUCCUCUGGCCACGCGAGAUGAUGCUUGUUUCACGAGAGAAGGGACACCGCAAUUUUGUGAAUUUUUUAAUGCCCGUGUAAACCAAGCGUAGGCGCUCAGUGGCGUAGAUUUGGGGAAAGCCAGUCCGAUGGAUUGAAUAUAAUUUUGAAAUCUCCUG